AUGUUGGACAUUUUUAUGGAUGCACCUAGGGUGUCAACUGUUCAAGCAUUAAUACUUUUGUGCAUGGUCGACCAAGGAAAACCAACUUCGUACAGACCUCAAACCUAUUCUUCUAUGGCUAUCAGAAUGGCUCAAAGUAUGGGAUUGAAUCGAAGGAACGGGACUGUAUAUCAAGGCAAAGUUGAUAGACUUAAUAGUCUUGCUACAGGGGACCCUUUGGCAAUUAAUGAUAAAAUGUGCGACAUAGAACUUCCUUCGCCAGACGAAAUAGAUGACCAAGAUGAUGAUCAACAACAAUCGCCCCAACAACAAAAUCCACAUAGUUCAACAUACGCACAACAAAUAAACAUUUUUGUUAAUUUUAUAAGACUUGCCCGACUAAUUGCAAAGGCAGCAAAAGUUCAUGAAAUCAAUAUUGCAUCUUCACAUCGAGGAUUAGCCAUACCAUCAUACAGAAACAUUUUAAAAACGAUCAAGAUUUGUCAAUUCUAUCAGCAAAAUAAUAUAAUGACAGAAUUGGCCAGUCAAACUAUUAAAGCAUUGGAAAAUAUUGUGAUAAAAUAUCAAGAAAAGUUCACUAAUGAAGAUAAUCCUCAACGUCAACGAUAG